CUGCUGUGGCCAGGAUGAGCAGAGCGAGAGCAAUCUCCGUACAAGAGAUAACUGGAAAGUUCAAAGAAUUAGAAACCCCAGAGCUUGGCCAUGAUAUUAAUCUCACAUUGGUGCUGUCCAAUGGAAUGCCAUCUGACAAAACAAUAACAGUUAAUUUUAAUGCCAAUGUCACUGGAUACACCCGGAGAAUAAUGAGAAACUUUAUGAAGCAAUCUGUGUCUAUUUCAAUGGCUUCCAAAGAAGAGAAAGAAAUCCCAUUCAAGAUCCCUUACAGCAAAUAUAUACAACGUCUCCUGGAUGACAAGGUGGUAGAGGUGACAGCUCUCUGUAAGUGGGAUGACACAGGGAAAGUGCUUAUAUCCAAAAUUAUUACAUUAAAAACCCCAUCACUCAACAUUAAGGUUCUCGGAGAUGCUGUUAUAAAUAAUCCACUAAGUGCUGAAAUCACAUUCACUAACCCACUUAAUGAGCCUCUAUCAGACUGUAGAGUUUUGGCAGAGGGCAGUGGACUCAUUAAACAGCAGAUUGAAAAGAAAAUUUCACUGAAGCCCAAAGAGAAGACAACUGUGACCAUUGAAUUUAAGCCUUACAUGAGGGGCUCCAAACAAUUAAAUGUUGUGGUUUUUUGCACCAAAACUUUCACUCUCAAGGAUUUCCUGAUCAUUGUGGUAAAAAAAUCAUGA